AUGCAGCCAUGGCUGGAACACGAGAUAGCCUGGCAAGAGACGAAGGACUUUCCUCGACAGGCUCUAUGUUGCCGUGACGUGCCCGUGCGACUGAUUGAUGCAUGGGAUGGCUCGGUGGGCACGAAUCUGCAUAUGGCCCUGGACGUCUCACUGAAUGGCUCCGAAGAUGGGGUGGGUGGUCACCAUGGUAUUGUAUCUGCACUAGCUGUCGGAUCAGCACCCAAUAUGCUCAAUGACCAACCUACGCAGUCCUUGGAAGUGAGUGCGUUGGGAACCUUCAGCAACGAAGUUGGCCUUUAUAUUACAGAGCCCGAAUGGCUAUGCAAUAUGAAAGAACGAGGUUUGUCAUACCCUUGGGCCAAAUUUGGUACAGACGCAUCUAUUCCAGGCGAAACACUGGCGCAUCCCUGA